AUGGCUCCAGAGAGAUUUCACGAUCAAGUGGGUUUUGGACGCGAUGAGAUCUUGGAAUCGCAGCGACCAGCGAUGAAAAACCAGAAUGAAGCAAACGAUGGAACGUUGAGAGUGAUUCGCCCGUUAAUCUUCGUUCGGGAAAGAGCACUGCGUGAGUUUGCCGAUUCCCGUGGUUUACCAGUUGUCGCUGAGAAUUGCCCAGCUUGCUUCAAUCAAGCAACGGAAAGACAUAAGAUCAAACAGCUGCUAGCCCAACAGGAACUCAUCUUUGAUCUGUUCAAUUCCUUACGUUCCUUACGCUCAGCUCUUCGUAUCUUUCCGGAUCUGUUCAGUUCCUUACGCUCAGCUCUUCGUCCAUUAUUAUUGAUGCGGACUCAGAUGUUGACUCAGAGAACAGAUGAGAUGGUGCAUUGGCGAUAG